CCUUCAGUAUCCUUAAGUACACUGUUUCUGGUGGGAAGGGAUUCUUUGUUGCACCCUGCGUGCGCAUUUGUUAUUCAACCGGCUUACAACAGGAGUUGCUAACAUCCUUAUAUUGAAAUUGCCAUAUUAAAGUUGUUUUAACUUUCAUGAUGUCGGAUGCCUUGCUUCAAUGGUGUGUGGACCAGUUGCACCACAACUUUGGCUUGGAGGCCAGUGAAGACAUAGUCCAGUAUAUUCUGUCCAUCGACAAUGCGGACGAGAUAGCGGAGUAUGUUGGGGACCUCCUUCAGGGCACUGAUGGAAGGAAGAAGCAGUUUAUAGAUGAACUCCUGGACAGAUGGCAGCGGUCUCAGACACUGACUCCUGACAGCACUGGCCUGUUCCCCAUAAACUCUCUGUCAGGAACAGAUGCUCAAGACAUGUCCAAGGACUCCCAGAAGAAAUCCAAGCGCAAAGGCAGGAACAAGCAAGAGGUGAUGGCUGUUAGCCAAGCAGAGCCUGAGCCUGAGGUGGUGAAAACUCCCAUUGACCUAAUGAAGGCCCAGGAGAGCGGCAGCUCCUCGUCACAGAAGAAGAAGAAGAACACAUUUGUGAGCCUCUACAAUAAAGAGGGCCAGGACAAGCUGGCUAUCCUGCUGCCCGGGCGCCAUUCCUGCGAAUGUCUGGCCCAGAAGCACAACCUCAUCAACAACUGCAUGAGCUGCGGACGCAUUGUGUGUGAGCAGGAGGGAUCAGGGCCCUGCAUCUUCUGCGGCAGCCUGGUAUGCACCAAAGAGGAGCAAGAGAUUCUGCAACGAGACUCCAACAAAAGUCAGAAACUGCGCAAGAAACUUAUGGAGGGGGCAUCGGAGAGGGGCUGUCUUCCACACCAAGAGGCAAAGAUGAAGGCAGGGUUAGAAAAGGCCCUUCAACAUAAAGACAAACUGCUGGAAUACGAUAAGAACAGUACGCGACGAACGCAGGUCCUGGAUGACGAGUCAGACUACUUUGCCACCGACUCCAACCAGUGGCUGUCGCCUAGCGAGCGCGAGCACCUGAGGAAGAAGGAGGAGGAGCUACGGGAGCUUCGCCACGCCUCCAGGAAGGACAGGAAGAUCACGCUGGACUUCACAGGCCGACAGGUGCUUGACGAGGGAGAGAAUAACAGUCAUUACUACAACAAGUUUGACGAGACGGUCAAGGCCCUCAACACAGGCACCAAGGGGAAAGCUCCCCAACGCCCUGAGGGACCAGCGGGGCGGCAGCACCUGAGAGAGCUGGUCAACCCCAACAUCGUACAGGCUGCACCCAAGUGGGUGGACGUGGGCAGUGGCCCUCGGAGAUCUCAGGAUAAAGGUGUUGUUGGCACAGAGGGAGACGGCGCUGUAGGCCCAGAACGCUCCAGACUCCGGCUGCAGGACAGAGAGCUGCAGGAGAUGGCAGACGGGGGCUGGUGCCUCAGCAUGCACCAACCAUGGGCCUCACUACUGGUCAAAGGAAUAAAGAGGGUGGAGGGGAGGAGCUGGUACACAUCCCACCGCGGGCUCCUGUGGAUAGCAGCUGCAGCCAAGAGGCCCACCCCUGAGGAGGUCACUCAGGUGGAGAACAUGUUCCUUCAUAUCUACAAGAGAGAUCUUAAGUUUCCUAAAGACUACCCCACCGGCUGCCUGCUGGGCUGUGUCAACAUGACCGACUGUCUGUCUCAGGAGCAAUACAAGGAGCAGUCAAGCUGGAGAGUCAAUAUCAUAGGGGUGCGAAGAUGGGACUGGUUCCGUCGGCGGCCGUGUGACGUUGGCGAGAGAGAGCGAGAAAGCAAAGAGAGAGUGUGGACCAGCUGGAGGAGAGGCGGAGAUUGAUGAGAACAUCCAGAGUUGGUCAUACUCUGACUACUGUGUUUUAUAUGGAGUUCCAGCAAAACAUAAAUAUGGACACACUGGCUAUACAUGGCAUCCUCUCAAGGCAUUUACAGUUUAAGGACAACGACUAAGCAGACAUUCACCACACAGGAAAGUUAUUACCAGGUUCUCUACAUUCUAUACUGUGUACUCUUGAACAGUUGUAUUUUCUGCAAUAAACAAUGUUGAAAUGUAA